GGAAGGAAGCUCUUCCGAAAAGAAGUCCACGUGCUUAAUUUGCUUUUACGUUCAGAAAUCAGACAACACAAAACUGAAAGAGAGAUCGAUCGAUCAGGAUCUAUGAAGAGGCAGGAUCACAAUCUGGUGUCAUCAUCUUCUUACCGGGAAAAUAUUGCGCCGGAAACCCUCCAUGGGAGGAGCAUCGGAUGCAUGUCCGGCAUUAUCCACCUCGUUUGCAAAUACCAAAAUCGACACAAAUUCCUUACUUUCGGAAAGAAGCAGGAAAAGAAUGUGGUUUCUACUCCGACGAAGCUAAAACCCUCCUCGGCUUCCCCAUCAGCAGUGCAAGGACAGAGCAGAAAAGAGGUUGAUCUCCGGAGAUUCACUUGCGAUAUGCAAAGGAGCCCGACUCUGCCGGCGGACAUACGGCGCUCGCCGCAGAACUUCCCGACUCCUCCGGCGCUGGUGGCGAGGCUGAUGGGGUUGGAAGCAAUGCCGGAAUCGGCUGCCGACAAGAGAAGGAAGCUGUUAGGAGCGUUGGAGAAAUGCAACGAGGACUUGAACGCGCUCAAGAAGAUCAUCGAGGCCGUCCAGUCGUCGGAGCGGCAGAAAUCAACGCCCGCCGCAGACGCGGCGGCGACGAAAAGGUGUUGGGAGUUCAACGGCGAGCCGAGUCCCGUGUCAGUGCUGGACGAGUUCAGUGGUUCUCCUUGGAGCGCACGCUACUGCCACUCCGGACGCCACUCAAACGCUAUAGGGCGAGUGCAACAGCAGCAAAGGCAACUAAGGAAGAAGCCAGGGGAAGAGGAAAUGAUGAACAUAUAUUUCCAUGAGAGAAUGAGUGCAGAAGUAGCUCAAACGAGAGGGGAGAAGAAAAUGAGUAACAUAUGGAGCAGCAAAGCCAUGGUAGAGAGCUUAGAGGAGGUGUGCAGGGACAUUGCUUGGGGAGAGAGGAGGGAAAUUGGAAGAAUUGGGUUGGCUUUGCAGGAUCAUAUCUGCAGUGACUUGAUUGAAGAGAUUGCCAGAGAAAUGGGAUUUUAUGGCAUGGAUGCACUACCCUUUGAGGCAUGUAAGAGAAGACUCUGUUUCUAACUAAGUAUUGGUGUGUUUUGUAGCCUCUUUAUUGAAUAUAAAAUGUUUUUGCCAUAAACACUUGUUGUUUAAUGCCAUUUUAUUUGUUUGUGUUCUAUUGGAUGAGACCAGAGGAUUCAUUGG